AUGCCUGAACCCGCCAAGUCCGCACCCAAGAAGGGCUCCAAGAAAGCCGUGACCAAGACCGCCGGGAAAGGCGGCAAGAAGAGGAGAAAGAGCAGGAAGGAGAGCUACGCCAUCUACGUGUACAAGGUGCUGAAGCAGGUCCACCCGGACACCGGCAUCUCCUCCAAGGCCAUGGGCAUCAUGAACUCGUUCGUCAACGACAUCUUUGAGCGCAUCGGCUCUGAAGCGUCUCGUCUGGCUCACUACAACAAACGCUCCACCAUCACCUCCAGGGAGAUCCAGACCGCCGUGCGCCUCCUGCUGCCCGGGGAGCUGGCCAAGCACGCCGUGUCCGAGGGAACCAAGGCCGUCACCAAGUACACCAGCUCCAAGUAGACACAGACCCAAUACAAACCAACGGCUCUUUUCAGAGCCACACACCCAAUCUGCAGAGCUCAUUAUCCUCCCUUUUUUGGGGGGGUAAAGCCCCCAGUACUGAGCAAAAAACCAGAGUGUGAGUAAAAUGAUAAAACCAUUAAAAUAAAUGAGAAUAAACAAAAAUAAGUAGUUCCUACAAGCAGCAUGUCAUCUAUACCGAAUCUGAAUAGUUUACUUUUGUCCGUAUUUUUGUUAGUGAUGUACAUUACCACAAAUGACUGAAUGAUGAUUUUCAAUCUUCUCACCACUUAUUUUCUGUACUUCCACCCCAAAGUUUUAACCAUAAAGUGUAACGUUUCAUUCUUUUUGGGAUUUCUUACAAACGCUGGUGUUAAUUUCCCAAGUAAGAAUUUGAUUUCAAUAUAUUUAUUGUCCUGUGGACAUUUAACAUAUACUGCUGCAUGACCUGAGAAAUGAUCAGAACGAAAACAAACAAGACUUUACAGACAAUCUGAAACUUUAGCUAUAAUCUGCAUUUCCGGUGGUAAACGUCUGUGAAAAAUAACUGUUGUGGAAAUACUUCUCUUCUUCACAGCCAGCACCUCAACCAGAAGUUAUAUUCAUGAGACUUAAAUUGUAAAACAACUCCCAUUAGUGUUUGAUAUUAUCUAUCUGGAACUAUCUACAGCCCGAAUCCAGAAUUCAAAACUACAAAAUACUAAAUAUUUUGGUAUAUGGC